CAUUAGUUGAGAGAAAUAUCUAUAUUGACUUUUCGCAGCUGAUGACGUCUACAAAUCUCGCGUGAUUCGACGUGAAUCAACGAGAUUGUUUUCGGUUAUUUCUGUCUGGGAGUUUGUUUAGGAUUUCUCACUUUGUCCGCUUUAUCGAAAGCUUCUGUUAAUAUUUAUUCCUACGUCUAAAUGAAUUAUACAAAUUAUAGCCAGCCCGGUUACGGGACAUUGGCUGAUGUGCAGCCACACAUAGGAUCGCGGACUGGUUCAAUAGAGGCCUACAAUUCUUCGACCAUCACAUCAAACCAUGCACUGCGUCUAGUGCCCGAUGAAAGCGAGGCGUUUGCUGUUAUCCACUCGAUGGAAAACGAUGACCUGAAUGUUAUGCUGAGAGACAGUGCCAAAGUGGAUGAGCUUAUCGAGAGUCUUUCACAGGUGAAGAACAUUCAGCAAGAGCGAGAUGUGAUGUUAGCCAGCAACAAAAGCUUGGCUGAAUACAACUUGGGGAUAAGACCAAAGUUUGAAGACCUAAAGCAGCAGAUUGCAGCCAAAUAUGCUGAGGUUUCUGAGUUGAAAACAACCCUCGCAGAAGAAAUAGGCAGUCUAGAUGUCGUAGCCAAUAAGCAGUCUUUGGAAACCAUCUUGGCACUCUUACAGGCCGAUGCAGCAACAUCCGAUGAGAAUUCGGAAAAACUUGCUCAGGAUUUCCUCGAUAAGAAACUUGAAGCUGAAACUUUCGUGGAAGAUUACAUCAUGCAGCGCAAAGAGGCCCACUUGAAGAAAGUGAAAGUUGAGAAGAUGACGGAUUUACUGCAGAGUCGCAGCCUCUCCAGGCGAAUGCAGUCUGCUCACCAUGCUUCCACGCCUUCCCUCUGUAACCAUUCUUAUUACGACCGAAAUGAAGCCAACAUCAUACCCACUAGCGCCAGCACUCAGUACAACGUGGGAUCUACACCGUCAAGGCCCUACAUGAACAUGCCAGACCCGUCUAGUUAUUUCUAAAAAAAGAAAAAAAAAACGAAAACGAAACAAUAUUAAAAAAAAAACAAAUGCAAGAUGUAUAAAAAAAAAAACAA